ACACCAUACACAGAUCAAGUCAGUGUGUGUCUGGGUGUGAGAGAGAGAGAGGUGGGGAGAGGGAAGAACACACACACAGAGAGAGAGAGAGACUGAAGAGAAAAGGGGACAAGAGAUGAGACGAGAUGGAAGAGAAGAAUAAACACCUGAACACAAGUUAAACGUUUUGGAGGGUUUAGGUGACGCACAGUGGAGAUCCACCACCACCACCACCACCAUCAUCAUCAUCAUCAUCAUCAGCAGCAGCAGCAGCAGCGCCGUCAUUGAACAUCAUGCUACUGUGACUUGAGAAGAGGCAUCAGCUGUGGUGUGCUAAAGGAGGCACGCUGACAGCCAACGAGAGGCCUGAGAGAACCUGAGAGAACCUGAGAGAACCUGAGAGAACCUGAGAGACACACGGCAAAGAGCGGAGAGGAAGACAGAGGAAGGGAAGAUGAGAAAGUGAUCAGCUGGAUUGUUGCUUUUGAACAGUGGCAGAAGAAACUACGACGACUACACGUCCCCCCAAAAUUCCACAGGCCCCAGAUCUGAUUGGAUGGUUAUGCCAGAAUGACAGCCGAAGAUUCUGCUUCCUCCUCAACCAUGAGCAACAACGCUGCCCCAUCCAAACCCGCCAACUCCUCUCCACCGUCUCUCCACGAACAGAUUAAUAUCCCCGAGGGUGUCGCGGGUGCUCCCUAUGAGGCUGCACUGAAGUCUCUGGUAGAGCGCACUGGCUACAGUAUGAUCCAGGAAAAUGGUCAGCGUAAAUAUGGCCCUCCUCCUGGUUGGAGUGGUCCUGCCCCUCAACGAGGAUGUGAAAUCUUUGUGGGCAAAAUCCCUCGGGAUGUAUACGAGGAUGAGCUUGUGCCAGUGUUUGAGUCUGUCGGACGCAUCUACGAGAUGCGGCUGAUGAUGGACUUUGACGGGAAGAACCGAGGGUAUGCAUUUGUAAUGUACACAGAGAAACGCGAGGCCAAGCGCGCAGUGCGGGAGCUCAAUAACUAUGAAGUGCGACCUGGGCGGCUACUGGGGGUCUGCUCCUCUGUGGACAACUGCCGUCUUUUCAUUGGUGGCAUCCCCAAGACCAAAAAGCGUGAGGAGAUUCUGGAGGAGGUCUCUAAAGUGACAGAGGGUGUACUAGAUGUCAUAGUUUAUGCCAGCGCUGCAGACAAGAUGAAGAACCGUGGCUUUGCCUUUGUAGAGUACGAGUCACAUCGCGCGGCCGCCAUGGCUCGCAGGAAGCUGAUGCCUGGACGUAUUCAGCUGUGGGGUCAUCAGAUCGCAGUAGACUGGGCUGAGCCAGAGAUCGAUGUGGAUGAAGAUGUGAUGGAGACGGUGAAGAUCCUCUAUGUCAGGAAUCUCAUGAUGGAGACCAGCGAGGAGGCAAUUAGACAGGUAUUCAGCCAGUUUAACCCUGGAUGUGUUGAACGGGUGAAGAAAAUUCGUGAUUAUGCCUUCGUCCACUUUACCUCCCGAGACGAUGCUGUCCUGGCCAUGGACCACCUCAAUGGCACAGAGGUGGAAGGUUCCUGCAUUGAGGUGACGCUCGCCAAGCCGGUGGAUAAAGAGCAGUACUCGCGUCAGAAGGCCUCCAAGGGGGGAGUCCCUGCCACUCCAGAGCCGGCUCAGCAGAGCUACGUAUACCAGUGUGAUCCAUACACACUGGCUUACUAUGGUUAUCCCUACAACACCCUCAUUGGACCGAACAGGGACUACUUUGUGAAAGGAACCCCAAUGAUACAGAACAAUGCAGGUACUGUGCGAGGUCGUGGUCGUGCUACUGCAGGUAACCGUACCCCUGGACCACGGGGGUCAUACCUGGGGGGUUACUCUGCAGGUCGUGGCAUCUACAGCCGCUACCAUGAGGGCAAGACCAAGCAGCCUGAAAAGCCCUAUGAGCUGAUGCCCAGUCUGGAACUUGCUGCCUCCGUCAACCCAGUUGGCAUCAAACCUGGCACAAUGGCCUUGCAGACUCUGGGUGGCCAGUACCCAGUGUUCAGUACGGCUCCUGCAGCCAAGAUGAUGGAGGAGGGGAAGGUGCACACGGUGGAGCACCUCAUCAACCCUCUGGCCAUUCAACACGCUGAUCACACCACCACUAACGCUGCUGCCGUCCUUCCUGCAGUCUCUACCCCUCCACCUUUCCAGGGUCGUCCAAUCACUCCAGUUUAUGCCAUGGCCCACAACGUACAGCGCAUCCCGACAGCUGGAGGCCUGUAUGGAGCAGGAUACGUCCCCAUCGCUAACUACACGGCCAACUCGGCUGCGCUUGCCGCUCUGCAGAAGAACGCGGCAGUGGCGGCCGCAGCGUACGGCGGCUACGCUGGCUACGCUGUGCCUCAGGCCUUUCCCACUGCGACCUUCCAGCUGCCCAUCCACGAUGUCUACCAGACAUACUGAUCGUGACCACUCGGGCAACAUGAAUGAUCCUGUCUGUGACUGAACGACCAGUGCCACAUCUCAGAAAGGGCCCGUGCCAUCCUACAGAAACAUCUCUUGAACUUGUGAACCAGCAAGAGCGCCACAGGAGUAUAGUGUGAAGCGGACGUUCAGAGCACAGACAGUGAUAAAAAAGACAUCUCACAUCUGUUCCAUACACUGGUCUCAUCAUAUCCUGGACCCAAGGCGCAACACUGCUGCUUUUCUACUGAAUAUUACAACACA